AUACAUUUAUUGUUUACAAUUGUAUUGCACAAGAAACAUACCCUCCGUUCAUUUUGCUCUUCAUCGGACAUAAUCGUCAACCCUCCAGCUUGUCAUUGAGGAAUCUACUUGAACUAUGGUAUUGGGUGUGACUGCAAAUGAAUUCUUAUUGCGUGUUCGAUACGCUGCGUAACACUGUGAGUAGGCAUCGAGCCUGGCAUCGCCGCUUGGGGAUUGAUUCCCAUUCAUUUGCUGACGUUGCCUUGCUAGGCACAGGCGUGUCAAGCGAACGGCCUUGGAAUGUUGAACUAGAACUAUACAUAUGUAUGCAACAGUGUUUAAUGCAUCUGCAUCUGCACAUUUGUAGUCGUGGCUUACCACUUGGUACACUUCUCGUUCCAAGGCUACAAUCCUGCCCAUUGGCUGUCGCUGCUUGUUGGACACAUGUACCUAAAUCGUGCUUUUUGCGAUGCUCUUCUGUGGUGAUGCAGGUGAUGCGCAGUUAUAAGCAACAAGAGCCACGGACAUUCUUGUACAAUUACGGUAUUGCAUAUCAAGGCUAUGCACUUGCCAAAACUUGUCUUACAGUCUUGUUAAUAAUACAGAUAGCGUGGACCAAUAGAGUUUGAAUAGGUUUGCCAUAGCCAUGUAGUAAGACCACCGAAUCCUUCCAACAAAAAGCUUUCGAGUUUCUAAUACGAGUACUAUUCCACAUCCAUCUCUCUCCCUCUACAAUAAGAGUUCCGAGAAUUGAAUCCGUGAUUCAACAGCUAAGUGAAGAGAAAAAUUAAUUUAGCGUAAGAUCAAAGCCCACACAUACAUAAUAUGAGUGGCCUGGGUCCGGCUGCCUGUUGGUUAGCACACAAGCGAAUCGAAUCGUGGUCCCGCAUGGCCAAGGAGCGCGUUGGUGCCGUUCGCCGUGUUACACUUGACCGCAAUUCGGCUGACGAAAAUACUGGUAGUGGUAGUGGUAGUGGCAGUGGCAGCGGCAGUGGCGGCAGCAAUGGUUGCACCCAAAUGCUGCCAGGAAGCGAGGGUGCAGCAUCCACGACGCCGCCGCCGCUGCAGCCGAUGACGCCGCCGCCCUCGGCAUCGUCGGUGACCUCGACGACGAGCGGCAUUGGCAGUGUGUCCGCCGGUAGUGGCAGCGACAGUUGUGAUUUGCCGACGGAUUCAGAGGAAGUCAACAUUUCUAAGGAGUCACACACAAUACAACCGGCCACACAGCUUCAUGGCAUCCCGUAUGUACCGACCAAUUCGAUUCCAUCUGACAUUUUGCGUGGUCCUGCUGAGAUAUUUCACAGCCCGUUGCACUUGCACCAUCAGAGCCGUUCCUUUCCACCGCGCCUACAGCGUACACCCUCAAUAUCCAGUCAGAGCAGUAUGGAUAGCGCUCCGUCCCGGCAGUCGGGACAUCGCGGCUCUUCACCCCAAAUAAGGACGUUUGGUCCCGACGGACGAAGUUCUCUUCCGAGUGAUUCAGCGUUUCCCCACCAUCUGGCCCGUUCGCCCAGUCCCAUGCGGACUAUUUCGCUGGAUGCUCGUUGCAGCAGCCCGGCUUCAGCUGAUGUAAGUGUUAUGCGGACCCCAAGCCCAUCCCAGAGCAGCCUAGCCUCUUUAUCUGGUGGGGUCGGUGUUGGAUCUGCACCGAAUAUGGUUAUGACUGGUGGUGUUGGAUCUGUUGUUAGCAAGGGCAUGAGCAUGAACGUGAAUACUGGUCGCUGUCUGUCCCCACUGCUCAUACCCCCACGUCCUCAGCCCGGCAUUGACCCAACUGUGGGUCCUGCUUCGCCUCUGGGUGCCCUACAGCCGGACCUAUACCGAAUGCCCGAUGGACCAAUCUACCUGACGGCCCCCGAAACUAGCCAUGCUGUGGGCCGUUUGCACUUGCGGGUAAAAUAUGAUUACCACCUAUUCGAUUUAACGGUUCACUUAAUUGAAGCGCACAAUUUGAGUUCCAUUGAGGAGGGCGGCUUCAGGGACCCUUACGUGCGUCUGAUGCUUCAGCCAGAUGUAGAUAAUCGCAAGCGUCAAACUCAUAUACACCGCGGCGAGUCGAAUCCAUACUUUGAUCAGCAUUUCAAGUUUCCGGUUUCCCGUGAUCAGCUGCAGGGCAAAGAGCUUGUCCUGCAGGUUCUCGAUUACGAUAGAUACUCGCACAACGACAUUAUUGGUGAAGUUCGUAUUUCGGUGGGUGGCCUAGAUCUAUCAAAGUCCGUCGAGAUCUGGGGCGACUUGCUGCGCACCAAGAAACCUAAAGAGGAUCGACCAGAACUGCUCUGCUCCUUGAACUUCCUUCCACAGGCAGAACGUCUGACCAUUGUAAUAAUGAAAGCCAGAAAUUUGGAUACUAUUCAGGAGCCGUAUGUCAAGAUAUAUCUGAUACAAAACGGAAAGCGCAUAAAGAAGAAAAAGACAAGCAUUUCGAAAUCCGAUGACCUCAGCAAUCCCAUUUGGAACGAGGCAUUUACAUUCAAUCUACAAUCAAAUUACUUACAGAGCUCCGCCAUUGAGAUCUAUGUGGUUGGUGCGGGUAGCGAAGCAACUGAAAUCGGCUGCUUUGGACUUGGUCCCCAGGAAAGUGGAACUGGUUGUCAGCAUUGGCACGACAUGAUAAACAAUGCACGCAAGCCCACAGCCAUGUGGCACUACAUUCGUUAAGGAUGGCUUUAACAUAAAUAUGAUUUAGUAUCAAACAAACAGACAAACAAAAUCUAAUUCAAAUCUUCAUCAAGCGGUUUUCAAAGUACAAAUCUUACCUGAAAAAAACAUUAUACACUGAUUUCCCAUUUUUAAUGGGUUCAGGGUGUAACAAGAGCGCAAAACCAACUUCAUCAAGCGGUUUUCAAAGUACAAACCUCACCUGAAAGCAAGAGCUGAAAACCAGCCUGGGGAUAUCUGAAGCAUUAGGCAUAGCUCUGUCAGAUAUAUGCCAUUAUUUGCUAAUAAUUAUGAUUGUAUAGGCUUUUUCCUAUGGUGUCCAAAGUUUAACCCUAUAUUCCUAUUGCUAUUUAUAUACGCAUAUAUUCUAUAUUUACUUAACGACAAAUACACAAGCUCAACCAAAAAGUUCCUACGGUGCACGAGCGAAACGAGCAGCCAACCUUCAUUCAAUCUACAUUCCGAACUCAAUUUAAAGAAAAGGAUACGAAAAAGGACCCGAUCCGAGUGAAGGAAGAAUGGGGCAUGUCAGCGGAGUUGUUGACAUUUUGGUUCGCUUUGACGAAGAGAAUUCAAGUGUGCAUUUCUUUAAUAAUUAUGAAUAUGAAAACAUUUCAACGGCAUUUCGUUAAGUCUCAAACGGUCGUCAAUCACCGCCCCUUGAAAUUUGCUUAGACCACAGCAACAGACUGACGGACUCCUUUGUAUCGGCGACAGUUGACAAAUUGCUCCUGCUGUCCUUUUCGAAGCGUCAGUAUGAGUUGCACCCAUGUGCGAGCGUAUUGUGUGUGUACGCCAUUGAGUGAGUGCCAAUGGUUGACAGUUUAGAGUGCAAGUAGGCAACCUACGUGCUAUAACUAACCAUACAACGUAAAAAUACAAAGGAAACCAUUGACUUUGCAAAGCAACUUCAGCGCAGCAUUUGCUGCUCUGAUAGUCGUCAUAGCUCGCACUACGCUAUGCACGAAGGCAAUCAAACUUCCAAAGAGAAGCUCUGCUAAUAUAUAACACCAUUGCAUUUUCGACUCGGGCUGUCACGCACAAUUAGAUUCGAUUGGUUGUCCGUGUUUUAGCAUUAGGCAUAUGCAGAUAUUUGAAUUUGUCUGCGUUCUCCUUGUUACUGCAAUAUGCUGAAUCGUCUUGAUUAAGUCCAGCUAUGGCGUAUGUAGGGAUGGUAUGUGGCUAGUGAUACUAUGCAAUAAAUGAAACGCCAAGAACUUCAUGCAAAUGGUUUACUUAACAGAAUGUUCCUUUCAUUGCAAGCAGCGCACCAUUUGGCAAUUAUUACGAAUAUUCCAUAUACAACGAUAGACACAUAAAUCCUUUACUAUUUGUCGAUGUUAACUACAUACAUAAAUACUAACAUACAUACAUGCAUAUAUGUAUGUUGCAUGUAC